CUAGACGCAUAUUAAAGUCUUCUUAACAAUAAACGACUAGGUAAGCAUACAAGUUAUUGAAGCGGUAACAUGGGCGUCACUGUACUCCAACCCUACCCACUGCCCGAUGGCAAAUCCGGUGCCCACAUUAUUGACCUUCUCGGCAAACGUCUGCUCUCGCUGGGAGCUACACACGCCGGUCAAUUCCUUGUGGACUGCGAAACUUUUAUUUCAACACCACAACAUGGAGCACCGACCCGUGCGGUACAUGUGCUGCACAACUCCGAAUAUCCCGCAUCCACAUUCUCCAUGAUUGACAACGGAACGGGCAAGCAAGUCUCCCUGGUGGCCGAUAACAUUUUCGAUCUGCUGAUGCUUAAGAUGACAGCCACAUUCACAUCAAAGAAACAGACUAAAAUAGAAUCGCGUGGCGCCCGUUUCGAAUACGGAGACUUUGUCAUCAAACUCGGUUCCGUUACCAUGAUGGAGCACUUCAAGGGCAUACUUAUCGAGAUUGAGUAUCGGCCUUGUGUGAUGCUCUCCUAUUGCUGGGAAAUGAUACGUGAAAUGUUGCAAGGGUUUCUCGGCAUCAAUGUAGCCAAGGAGUAUCCCAGCUACUUUACCACGCAGACCAUCAUUAACGCCAUGGGUCAGCAGCAAGUGCAUCCCAAACAGAACGACAUCUACGAGCCCAUGGACACAGUCAAGCAGUAUUUGGAACAUUUCACCAACUAUCGCAAGCACGUCCAAAUGCAUACCGCUAUGGGCGGCACAGGUGGCGGCGGUGUCGGUGGACCUGUGGUUAUGGGUAUGCAGCCAUCGUCUGUGGGCGGCGCCGGCAUGGGGCGUGCUUGAUGUGAGGUGAAGCUGGAGCCGCCAGAUGCCACAUAGCAUGAGGUAAUGGCGCCAGCCACAUCUCCAGAUCAACCACAAAACUCGCAAAUUGUUUAAUUUAUUCUAUUUCUUUUACAUAAUUUCUCAAAUAGUGCAACCUUUGUGUAAAGUGCUAAAGAACGAUAAUUUGUAUGAAAACAUUUUGAAUGGCUUAUAUAUGUUUAAAAAUAAGAAAAGUAAUACAUAUUGUAAAUAGCCACAUAAAUUGUAAAUGAAAAGAAGCCGCCCAAAAGAUAGGGGUCCUUGCAGACGCCAAAUAUGUAGUUUAGUAGUGCUGCCCUGUCAGCUACAGAGAUAGAGAUAUAGAAACAAUUUGGCAAUUUAGUCGUUCGUUGAAAACACUAUAUGUUAUUAUUAUAACUAAUGAAAUCCGACAUUAAAAACGUAAUUGCGAACUUAUCUUUCCCUUACCACAGAACUGAAAACAAAACAGCGUAACCCAUUUUU